AACAAACACAUUUCUGACAAAAACAACAUCUGCCAGAAAAAAAUCACAAAAAUUCAGAAAAAAUCCUCCAUUGCAUUUGAAGUUUUUCUAGUGGAAUAGAAAAUUGGGAUUGUAAAAUUCUGUUGAUUUUUGCUUCUUAUCAGUUUCCGCCACUUUUGCAAACUACGUAAUAGGUGCAAUGGAAGACAACUCUUCGAGCGAUGACGAAAUUAAGGAUUCUCCUUUGAGCCCUAAAUUAGGAGGUAAGAAGUUGAAACUGAACGACGGGAGCUCGCAAGACAGCCUCAAGGAGACAGCUUCGUCCAGUAAAGGUGAAAAAGACGAGAAUGUCGACAGCGGGGUGUCUGCGGAUAAAUCUGAGAGCACUAGCAGCGAGGAUAGAGGUGUGGGGACGGAAGGGCCUUCUAAUGAAGUGGUUAACGUAGCGCCGUCGAGUAGUAACAUACGGACUAUAUUAUUAAAUAUUCGCCGUCCGAAGAGGGGCAGGAAUUAUAGGAAGAGAAAAACUCCAGACAGAGAUUCCGACAGCAAUGACUCGUCGAGAGACUCUGAUGAUUUAUCAGCGGAGGAGAGUGCUCAGGAGUCCAGACAAGCUAAUAACAGUAAUUCAGAUGCUGAGAGCGAGGAUAUGCAAAGAUUCAUGGCCACAUUUUCUGAUGGAUCUCCUAGCAACAGUUCAAAUACUUCAUCAGAUGACGCCAGUUAUGUGAGUGAUGACAUGGUGCACAUGCAAUCUGGAGACACCGAUAGUGAUGAAGAGGCUGUAUGGAACCGAUCCAAUGAGGAUAAUGAUGAGAAUGACGAAGACAAGAUGAAACCACCGAGUGUACUCACUAAGCCUAGGCCUAAACAUAACUAUUUGAUGUUGAGAGAAUUAAUAAACCGCGAGAUGGGGCUGACAUUUCCCGCGGGUAAAACGACCAAAAACGACGUGUUGUUUGAGCAGAAGUUCUACGGCUCCCUACAUGUAGUUUACAGACUGAAGAAACUACACCAACUGUGCAAACACAAAGGCUGUGUCAAUUCCAUCAAUUUUCAUCCUGAAGGCCACCUCCUAGCCUCGGGAUCCGACGACACGAACGUAGUGGUGUGGGACUGGGCGCGCAACGCAGCCCUGCAAACGAUCAAGACUGGCCACAAAUCCAACGUCUUCCAGAGCAAGUUCCUCUAUCUGAACGCGAGGAGUCAGCUCAAUAUUGUCACUUGCGCAAGAGAUGGACAGGUCCGCCUGCUGCAGUGCCCGCCGAGCGGCGGCGCGUCCGUGUCCCGGCGCCGCCUGGCGUCGCACUCGCGCGCGGCGCACAAGCUGCACGUGUGCGCCGCCGAGCCGCACCUCGUCGUGUCCGCCGGCGAGGACGGGCUCGUCAUGCAGUGUGACGUCAGAGCGGAACACGCCUCCAGAUUGUUCCAAGUAAAGGACGAGAUGGUGACAAUACCGCUGUACAGCGUGUGUGGCCACCCGUUAGACCCCAGAGAGCUGCUGGUGGCCGGCCGGGACAAGUUCGUCCGCGUCUACGACAGACGGAAGUCUUCCAAACCUGUGGCGACGUAUUGUCCUUCUACGUUUGAACAACAUAACGGCAACGCAAAGAAGAAAGUUCGUCUUUCAAUGAUGCAUUUAACGUGCGCAGUGUACAACCAUGAUGGCUCAGAGAUCCUCGGCUCGUAUAACGAUGAGGAUAUUUACUUGUUUGACGCCAAAAACGACGUGAUUGACAAAGAAAACCCGACGGAGAAGGAAGGUUACACCCACCGGUACAGCGGGCACAGGAACAGCGCGACUUUCAAAGGGGUCGCGUUCUUCGGACCGAGGAGCCAAUACGUGGUGUCCGGGUCAGAUUGCUCCUACAUCUACAUCUGGGAGAAGAACUCAGAGUCUAUCGUGCAGUGGAUGAAGGGGGACUUCAAUGGAGUUGUAAACUGCAUAGAGGCGCACCCAAGGUGUCCGGUGCUGGCGACCAGUGGCCUCGACAAGGACGUGAAAAUAUGGAUACCGAAGAACCACAAAGAACCAACUUACGAGGGAUUAGGAAAGGUGGUACGCGAAAAUGUGGUCUCGCAGCUCCGGAGUCCUCUGUUCAACGAUUUUUUACCUACACUAUAUAACGCGUGGCGCGGGGAAAACCGGGUGUUCACCGACGAGGACGGAGCCCCGGCCUACGGGAGCAAUAUCGAGUUCGACGGGAAUGUUUGCACGGCUUUCUAGGGCCCGCUGUAAGGGUUUAAUUUAAAUACAGCGUCUUACACAACGACACAGCAGGAAGUUCGGUGGAUUGCGGGUACUUAGUUCAUCUUGCGAUAGAUAUACAAUCAAAGACCAAAAGAUCAGUCACUGAGUUAACAAAUCAUUUGUGAAUAGUGGUGAAACUAUGAAACAUUAGUCGUCAUAAUUACAAAAUUGAUUUUGUAGGUGUAGUCUGGUGUUGAAUCCGUGGUAGCCUAGUUGGUAGAACGCUUGCAUCUCACUAUGAGGUCGCAGGUUCGAAUCCAGCACAGGCCUAAACCAAUGAUUGUCGAAUUUGUUUUCGAAUUCAGGUUUGAAUCAGAAAUGAUUAUCACGUGCUCAGCGGUGAAAGAAAACAUCGUGAGGAAACCCACGUUCCCGAGACAUGCAAUUUGCGGAGGUAUGUGACCUAAACCUGUAUUGGGCUGGUUUUCCCUUCGCGGGUUGGAAUGUCAGACAGGUAGUCGCUUCUAUAAAAAACCGGACCUGUCAAAUCUUCAGGUUAGGUAAGCGGACCCUGUGAAAAACGGGAUAACGCUGGGGGAUGAUGUAGGUGUUUUUGGUCUAUUACAGAAAUGACACGUAAUCAGAAGGUCUUAAGUGCAACCAGUCAGUUAGUCUAUUACUUUGCAAGAAGCUGAGUCCAAUCCCCCUUACUCCUUAAUGGCUUACGGCCAUUAAGACUAAGGUAAGUCCCAGAGGGGGUGAGGUAAAUCUAAGCUCGGCGCCCGAUACGAAUUGGUGCGGGGCGAAGUUACCGUUCUAUGCAUAGUAUUAUUCCUUAUUCUAAGUUGUAGUUAACCCAACCACAGCAGCCGAUAGAGGAAUAGCGUCCUUUCUAACAUGAGGGACUAUUAUAUGGCCUAGUGGCUUAUCACCUGUCAGCCAUCAUAAUAUUCAUCAUAUACAUCUUAAUAUCAAAAGUAGCUGCAAGUUUUCUUCUGAUUACUUUUGGCUCUAAAGUCUUAAUCACUCUUCAAAUUCUGAACUGAAUUAGACGUGGGUAGACCUUAUUACCGUUAACGCAAAAACGUCCUAGAUACUUUGGGAUCUUUGCAAAUAUUCAUUUAGGACUUAUGUAUGUCGCGAACUUACGAACUGGAUAUUUGAAAAAAGAUAAAAGAUACUAGGAUAUUUAUGUUCAGGCUAAUGAUAUUGACUUCCUGUGAUGGAAGAACUACCCAUUUACUGGGUUUACAUUUACAUUAGAAUUUGAAUACCAUUAAAAAGUUGUAAGGUUGAUGGGUUUGGUAAUCCACCUCACAACCCAUACGAUAGAAGUUGUAGGAGUCUGGUACUGUAAUUAUCAUCAUUAUGGAAUUACAAGAAGCUGUAUUUAAACUAAUACCCAUCUGUGAAUAUUGUAUUUAGGUAAUACAUAAUUUGUUGUCAUAUUAUUAUAAAAACCAUCUUAUCCACUUUUUCAUAACUUUAAUGUGCAACUUAUAUUCAAAUAUUUGUCCAUUGUUAUUCUGCUAGCAUCCGCAUUUGUUUGAAAAGUAGUUGUUUUAUUAUAAAGGGAGAAAAUUUUAAAUGUUUAUUAAGUAUUUUAUUUAUGCCUAUAUUGUUAGACGAAAUUUUUUUAUGAUAUUUAUAAUGCCUGUGAUAAACUGAUUUAAAAUUUCGAAAUGUGAAUUUAAUUUUUCCUAUGUAAAUAGUUCUAAAAAGUUUUCUAUCUGAUUAAAUAAUAGCGUUAAGUAGCCAGUUUACUUUAUGUAUACAUUUACUAGUGCAACUUUGUAUGCUAAAGUAUUUGUUAUUAUAAUCAUUAACUGCUUAUAGAACAGAUUUCCCUAGAAAAAUAACUUAUUUUUCUUUUUGUAAUUUACCAAUAUUUAUAUAAAUACUCUUAGCCAUUGAUGACUAAGUAUACCAAUAUAUUAUUUCCAUUCUAUACUAUGUAAAAAUAUAAGAAAAUGUCAAGUGGAGACAGAAAUGAGACUUCAUUAUGAUUCAAAUAUAUUUUUCUAUUAAGAAAAAAAUACAUUUUAUUUGCAAGCGACAUUAAUUUGAUCAAGUUGUCGGAUUUCUUUUUUAACAAAAUUGUAUUUUAUUAAAAGCACCAGCUAUUUUGUACCGAUUAUCUGUUAAUUGCCCCAUGGACAUCAUAGAUAAGAGUCUUUUUAUUAAAUAAGUAUGUUACAGAACAUUUGUUAUAGUUGGCAAGAUACGACAUACUGUAGUGGUGUGCCAAUUUGUAUCAUAAGAUUUGUCUUUUUGCGAUGGCCCAUCAAAUGUAUCAUCAUAGCCAAUGUUAUAAACGUAAUUUGAUUCUAUUAUUUUUCUCAUAUUCCUUGCAUAAUAUGUUUGUAUUUUACUAUUCUUCACUGUGUGAUUGUCUCCGACUUGAAAGGAGAAAAAACAUUGUAAGGUUAGUCCCAAUUGUGUAAAUAAACAAUAAUUUUAAAUAAA